AUGAAGACACAACAGAGUACUGUUCAUGCGGCUCACCAUGAUGGCACCAGGGACAAUACGCGAAAGUUAAAGGUGCAGUCUGACACUGACCAGAUGCCACCGCCACCGCCACCACCACCACCACCACCACCACCACCUCCUCCUCCUCCUCCAACAGAGCAGGGCCAGCAUCCAUUACCGUCACCAUCAGAGCUGGACGCCACACAGCCUGCUCCCACUCAGGCAAGCAGUGUGCCAGGAUCUUCAGAGCUGGCUAGCUUACAGCUCAAGGAAAUGCCAGAACAAGAUGAAAGCAAGCUCAAGAAUUCAGGUGUGACUAUGAGCCCUACAAAUUGGGAAACUAAAAAUUGGGCUGAUAGUGUGAAGCAUGAAAAGCAGGAAGAAAUCCCAAGGAUACCUGUGGGUCGUGGCGCAUUGAAGAAAGUAUUCAGUGUAUUAAAAGGAGUAAGAGUUGCAGAUCAAACGGAAGAAAGAAAACAACGAGAGAAAAGGGGCAAUACAGAUAUGUUUCCGAAAAAGCCUACCACAGAAACAAAAAGGGAUGCUGUUUUGCCAUCACGUACCAAGCCAUAUGGAACACGAACUAUUGUAUUUCGAAAUAAAUUAGCAGAGCCACUGACCAGCACACCGACGAAGAGUACAGUAAAGGGAAAGAGCAAGCUGCCACAAGCUAGAAGUUGCAGUGAUACUGCUCCACCCUUAGUGUGGCGACUUGACAACAAGGAACCUCCAAAGGGAGUAUCUCAAAAGUGUCACACUGAACGUCAGGGUAUGCAGUUGGAAAGAGAAACUGACAAAAGUCAAAUUUCGUUGGAAGAGAAACAGUUUCAGAGUGAUUUCGAACUUGCCCGCCAGUUAUCCCUUAAAGACAUGUAUCCAUCUGGAAGUAAAGAACGUAUCAGUCACUCUUCGGAGGCUGUUGACAAACCAAAAAGAGACUUAGGUGCGUCAGAAGAUGCGCAGUUCUUAAGGGACUUGGAAGAAGCAUGUGAGCGUUCAUUUUUAGACAAUUGCUCACCGGGUUCCUUGGAACUGGACAGGGACCCUGAGGUCCCAACCUCUACAUCCAGAAUUGAUAGUGAUGGCGGUCAUCAUUCAGCUCAGAGCAACAAACAUCGUAGUACGUUGCCUCAACCUGGCCCAUCAACAUCUAAGAUAGAUGAGAGAAAUAGAGAGAGGUUAACCUUGACAGAAGAGGAACAGUUCCUUAGAGACAUGGAAUUGGCCCGUCGGUUAUCCCUCCAGGAAAACUGGCGACGUGUUGCGGGUGAUGGAGAUUCAUCUGAUGAAGAUUAGCUGCAUAAAUUUCCUCCAAGCUGCACCAGAACUUUGAGACUGGAGGUUCACCAAGAGUUUCAAACUGUUUAAAGUAAUUUUUCACUGUUUUAGCUGUAAUUAAUGUUUUCAGUAUUUUUUAAGUUCUGAUUUUAUAGGUACUUACAAAUUUUGUAAACUUACAAAUUCAUUCGAAAGAUGACCUAUUAGAGGGUAAAAUUGUAACAUUAUAUAAGUGAAGAACAAAAACUGGGAUCAUAUACAUGAGUAGGUAAGUGUCAUGAUGUUAGUAUUUUCAGCACAUGCAGGGAAAAGAAAACAGGAAUGACGACUUCUCAACAAGCCUCAGUGUUGUGUG